AUGCAACGAGCUGCAAAGACGCGUCAUUUCGUCCCUCAGUGCCGCUCCCCUUGCCCCGAGUCGUCCGCCGCUCAGAUUACCCGCGCUCUCGUUUAUCCACGCGUGCGAGGGCGUCGUGUCGCGCCAUCUGCUUCGCCCGUCGCUUCAUCCGCCUGCUCCGCUCCACCGUUGCACUCACACGCAUCCCCUCCCUGGUCCCCCAUCCCCUCCCUGGUCCCCCAUCCCCUCCCUGGUCCCCCAUACCCUCCCUGGUCCCCCAUCCCCUCCCUGGUCCCCCAUCCCCUCCCUGGUCCCCCAUCCCCUCCCUGGUCCCCCAUCCCCUCCCUGGUCCCCCAUCCCCUCCCUGGUCCCCCAUCCCCUCCCUGCUCCACGUUAGAGGAAGUCCGUCUGCUGCAGCAGCAGCGCUCGCGCCUCAACUCCACAGCUCCUUCCCCCUUCCCUCCCCCCCCUCCUCUCCCUCCCCACCUCCCCCAUCUUUCCUCCCUGCAGCCCCGCGCUAGAGGAAGUCCGCCUGCUGCAGCAGCAGCGCGCGCGCCUGUCCUCAUGUCCGCCCUAGAGGAAGUGCGCCUGCUGCAGCAGCAGCGUGUGCGCCUUAAGGGGAUUGCAGCAGACGGGGCGCUCACAGGCGCAGAAGGGGCGGAGGGGAAGGGGGGAGGCGCGGGGGCGCAGGGGGAGGCGGGGGAAGAAGGGGAAGGAGGGGAAGAGCUGGUUCUGCAGGACACGUUUGCGCAGGAGACGGCGAUUACUGUAGAAGAUCCGAACAUGCUCAAGUGCAUUGAGGAGGAGCUGGCAAAGCGCCGAGGGGGAGCUGAGUUGAGCCACAUGCCCCAGCUCAAGUACAUCGAGGAGGAGCUGGCGAAGCGCCGAGGGGAUGUUGCGCUCAAGUACAUUGAAGAGGAGCUGGCAAAGCGCCGAGGGGGAGGGGCGGGGGCAGCGGGGGGCAGCAGGGGGGAGGGGGAGGGGGAGGAUGAAGUGUUGCGUGCUGAAGACAAGCUGUACGAGAUUCCACAGCACUUGCAGGUGGGAAAGCUGGAGGGGGAGGAGGGUGGAACCGCGUGGACGACGGGCAUUGCGGAGGUGCAGCUCCCUAUUGACUACAAGCUGGGCAACAUUGAAGCCACGGAGGAGGCCAAGCGCAUGCUGCAUCAUCUUACCACGACCCCCUCUCUCUCCUUUCUUCCCUCUCCCGUCUUCUCCUCUUCCCCUCGCCCUUCCUCCCAGCUACAAGCUGGGCAACAUCGAGGCCACGGAGGAGGCCAAGCGCAUGAUGCAGGAGAGACGGCCGUGGAUGAACCGCCCGCGGUAUGGCUUGUUUCUCUGCUGGGGAGAGAGAAGGAAAGAGGGUUGGUUGCAUGGGGCUGUUAA